CCUCUGCUUCUACUGCCCUUCCCCUCCUUACGGCUCCCGUCCACCUUCACAACUUUUUCUUCACCUGUGUACCCUCCCGUAUCGUUGCUUUCUUAAGAAGUAUGGCCAGCAUGAUUGAGGCCCAGGCCCAGGCUGCCUUAGAGCAGCACCUGACAAACGUGGCCAGUGCGAUUGAGAGCACCCUCGAUGAGCAGAUCAAGAAACUUGAUGAUAUGGAUGAGGACGAUCUAGAUCGUCUCCGAGAAGUGCGCCUUCAGCAACUCAAGAAGCAGAACGAGCAGAAGGCUGAAUGGAGACGCAAGGGUCAUGGGAAGUAUGAGGAACUUUCGGAAGAAAAGGAGUUCUUUGCAGCCUCCAAGGCGAGCGAGAACGUUAUCUGCCACUUCUACAGGCCAUCGACUCACCGCUGUGCAAUUGUUGACAGGCAUCUUGCUCAGAUUGCCAACGAUCACGUCGAAGCUCGGUUUGUGAGACUCAAUGCAGAGAAAUGUCCAUUCCUUGUCGAAAAGCUCCGAAUCGUUGUCCUCCCCACUAUUGCUCUUAUUAAGAACACCAAGACUUUAGAUUACAUCGUGGGAUUUGAUGAUCUUGGGGGACAGGAUGACUUUCCCACUUCUGUGCUUGAAUGGCGAAUUGCUUGUCAGGGCAUUAUCAAGGUCGACUACGACGUUCAUGAAGGCCCACCUUCUGGUCUGAACCCCAAGGGAGGACGGAAGCUUGCUACCGCAAGGGCUGGCAUAUGGCAAAAGCAUGACGAGAGCUCUGGAGAAGAUGACGACUAACUCCAGGAUUUCUAUCUCUUUACUAAAAGAAGUACACCAUGAAAAGUAAAUACGGAUGCUUAC